AUGCAUUACUCGUCCCCAAACCCUAGCUCAAGCACUAGCGGAAUCCGAGUUAGCGGCAAUGCGGGUAACUCUUCUUCGGACGGGGAGGCCCGCCGGAGCUACCGGGGGGUGAGGCGCCGGAGCAGCGGGAAGUGGGUGUCGGAGAUUCGGGAGCCACGCAAGCCUAACAGGAUCUGGCUAGGCACAUUCCCGACCCCCGAGAUGGCGGCGGUCGCCUAUGACGUGGCGGCGCUGGCCCUCAAGGGCCAGGACGCCGAGCUCAAUUUCCCGAACUCGGCCGGCUCCUUGCCCGUGCCGGCCUCCACCUCGCCGCGGGACAUCCAGGCUGCUGCGGCCUCUGCUGCCGGGGCAAUUGGGGCGGCUGCGGCGGCCAUGGGGGCCAGGGGCGCCAAGGAGGCGUCUCCGGUGAAUUUCGGAGGGAAUUAUAGUCAGCAUGAGGGAGAGAAUAUUGUGCUAGAGACGGAGAUGAAUGUUGCGAAUGAGUAUGUUGAUGAGGAUCUGAUAUUUGAUAUGCCUAAUGUGUUGGUGAAUAUGGCUGAAGGAAUGCUUCUUAGCCCUCCACGCUUGGACAUUGCUGGUGAUGAUGCUGAUUAUCACGUUGAAAAUGCUGCCGAUGAAAACCUUUGGAAAUUUCACUAA